AUUAAAUCAUUCUUCCACCACCCUACUCCAUCCAUCGAUCUCUAGCAUAUUGUAACAACUCAAAGCUAAACUCUUCACUCUUCCAAGCUCCUCCUUCUUCCUUUCCAUUCUUUAAAUCAAAAAAGAAGAAAUGCCAAAACAUAACCCUCUCUCCCUUGCACUCUUUGCUAAUUUCUUCCUCUUGUUCGCCGUUGCUGCUACAACGGCGGCAACAACCCCGCAAGAUGAGGUGUUCCGCUCAUCUUGCGCGGAGGCCAGAUACCCUGCCCUAUGUGUCAAAACCCUCUCCAAAUAUGCAGGCUCCAACACGAAGCCCUUGGACCUGGCCCAAGCUGCCACCAAGGCCAGCCUCGGCCAGGCUCGCGCCCUCUCCAUUUACCUCAAAACCACCGUCCAGGCUCAGGCCACGAGCACCAGGCAGCGAGCUGCACUGAGUGACUGCAUGGCUCAGAUCUCCGACUCUGUAACCCAACUAGACAGGACGUUGAGCGAACUGCAACACCUCCAGGUGAAAUCAUUCCAAUGGCAGAUGAGCAACGCCCAGACGUGGGCCAGCACAGUCAUGUCCAACGGCGGCUCGUGCGUGCGCAGCUUCAGGAAUAGCGAUGCGGACGCGAAGCUCAAGUUGGACAUGAAUCGGAGGGUCACCACCGUUACCAUGCUCACCAGCAACGCGUUGUAUCUUAUCACUCGCCUCAGUGAAGGCACGAGUCGCAACCAUCGCUCUAAUUCCCAUCCUUGAUGAUUAAUAAUUAGUGUGUAUGAAAAUCUUUGGGUAAGGACUAGCUGUUUUUGAGCGAAAGCUUUUGGUUUUGGCUUUAAUUUUCUGCAAACACAAGAUGUAAAAUCAACGUUUGUAAUAUAUAGCUUGUCUGUUUAAUUAUCUAUGUACGUGUGUGCUCAAUGUAAAAUGUGUAAUAAUAAUGCACCUUUUUGUAA